CAGUAGUUUGUUUACACGUCUUGAAAUGUGUUCGUGGAUAGUUAAGGGGGAGCUUUACCUGGUUAGGCGAAUUUUCUGCCACCGCCUUCCCUCAUACAUCUUCAGUAAUAGAUGAUAAGUGUCACUGAUGGAAGGGAUAAGAACAUCUUGAAUAGAGCGCCGAAUUCACGAUGUUGGAUACCUUUGAGAUCAUCACAACUUCCGGUGUUGUGUUGUGGUCAAGGACAUACACUCCGACUAGCCCAGCUAUUAUCAACGGCCUCAUCAAGAAUGUCUUCAUCGAGGAGCGCACACGUGCCGGUGGCGCUGGUGCUUCAGACGACAUUUCUGCCGCCAAUAACCCCCCUUACAAGCACGACCAGCAUACUCUAAAAUGGACGACAGUGAAGGAGCUAAAUUUGAUCUUUGUUGCUGUGUACAGAUCACUCCUCCACCUUUCCUGGAUCGACAAACUCGUGGACAAUAUAAAGACUCUAUUUGUGGACCUCUAUGGCGACCAGCUUAGAAGGCCGCAUACCACUGGUGUUGAGUGCCAUUUUGACAAAUAUUUCGACCAGCAAAUUAGGGAACUAGAGGCUACUGCGGCAACUCACGACUUAUCAGUACCGUCAACCCCGCCUCAUUUCGACCAAAAACUGGCUCCGGGAGACGAUGAGCCACCCCCCAUUCCCGGCGUUCUAUCACGAGGCCAAUCGAGACAAGCCAACUUGACAUCCAGCGAAUCCACACCCAUUGCCACUCCAGACACCUCGAGGCCUUCAACUCCAUCCAGCCAUAUACUAACAACGAAAGGUGGACCAGGAGGGAAAAUAUCUAGGCGGGCACGGAAAACAAAUCUUGUUUCAUCGGGGGACGAGGCUUCGCGAAAAGGCAAGGGAGGGAAGGCCCCCACUGCCAAAAAGGGCCGCCGCUGGGACGCAGACGGUAAUGCUGAUGAGGAUGAUGACACCCAGUUGGAUUAUUCUAUUCCGUCAAUUGAUGUCACAAAUGAUGGGGAGGCGGAAGGCAGCGGUUUGCCCGGGGCUAUGGAGGCUGUUGAUCAGGAAUCGUGGGGCUCCAGGACAGGGAAGGGCCAGUUUGUCUUGAAAGAUCUCGACGAUCAAGUUCACGCUAUAUUGUCCUCUGCCGACUCAAAAAAGGCUGCCACAACCACUGCGCCAUCUGGCAUCGUUGGGUCCAGUUUGUCAGCUAUCGGGGGGCUGUUCAGAAAUGUUGUUGGAGGCAAGGUGUUGUCGAAAGCAGACCUUGACAAGGCCAUGAAGGGAAUGGAAGACCAUCUCCUGAAGAAGAAUGUUGCUCGUGAAGCCGCGAUGCGUUUAUGUGAGGGUGUGGAGAGGGAACUGAUCGGGACCAAGACUGGGAACUUUGAGAGCACAGAGGCGAGGAUUCGCGCCGCGAUGGAAGUAUCCCUCCAAAAGAUCCUAACCCCCUCAACAUCCCUCGACCUCCUCCGCGAAAUCGACGACGUAACAUCACCCUCUACCGUCUCGCUCAAGAAAGCUCGCCCCUAUGUCAUCUCCAUCGUCGGCGUCAACGGCGUCGGGAAAUCUACCAACCUAUCCAAGAUCUGCUUCUUCCUUCUACAAAACAAGUACAAAGUCCUCGUCGUCGCCUGCGACACCUUUCGCUCCGGUGCCGUGGAGCAGCUUGCUGUCCAUGUGCGCAACUUGAAGGAGUUGAGCGCGAGAGAGGGGGGACAGGUGGAGCUCUACCAGAAGGGGUAUGGCAAGGAUGCGGCGAGUGUUGCGAAGGAUGCGAUUACGUUUGCGGCGCAGGAGAAGUUCGAUGUGGUUCUGAUUGAUACUGCUGGACGGCGCCAUAAUGACCAGCGUUUGAUGUCCUCGUUGGAGAAGUUUGCAAAGUUUGCGAACCCUGAUAAACUCCUGAUGGUUGGUGAGGCAUUGGUGGGCACUGAUUCUGUUGCGCAAGCAAGGAACUUCAAUGCUGCAUUUGGUGCUACUCGCAGGCUGGAUGGAUUUAUUAUAUCGAAGUGCGACACCGUUGGGGAUAUGAUUGGAACUCUUGUGUCCAUGGUGCAUGCAUCGGGAACACCCGUUCUAUUCGUGGGUGUCGGGCAGCACUACUCUGACAUUAGGAGCUUGAACGUCAAAUGGGCAGUCGACAAGCUGUUGAGUCCAGUCUAGUUCUCAAGUUCUCAAUGUAAUAUAGGCAACUAUCUUCACGUAGUGCAGGUGGAUGCUUGCAAUGAUAUAUGUAUUAUCCAACCCG